GGGGGCACUGCCAGGGGGCUGGGACUGCCUGGGCUGGGCUCACAGUGGUUCAUCUCCUAUUAAUCCUCUUCAAAAACAACCCCAAAUGUUGUGUUUUCUCUGCAUUUUGCACCGCGAGCGCAGUGAGGGAGAGGGAGCCCCUCUCUUCCUGCUCCUACCCCGUUCCCAAACCCCUGAGAAGCUCCUGCAGUCCUUCUCCGGGGUGAAAGUCUCCAAAUUUCCACAUUCUGACUAAUUUAGUGUAACCUGGAAGGGGCCUGAGCUCUGAUGCAGCACCAGGGAAAUCCCCUUGGAGGGUCCUGGGGGGUUCUGCACCCCCAGGGCCGGGCAGGGGCUGAGCCAGGUCCCGGUGCUGCCCCGCAGGACGGGGCUGAGCCCAGGGAGGGCGAGGGCAGCGAGGGCCCGGCAGCCACCCCAAACCUGGGCCACCUGGAGGACACCUACGAGCUGCUGGAGAAGCUGGGCAGUGGCCACUUCGGUGUGGUGAGGCUCUGCCGCCAGCGCAGCACCGGCUCCUUGUACGCCGCCAAGUUCGUGAAGACACGGCGGGACCAGGGCGGCCUCCUGGGGGUGGACAGGGCACAGGUGGAGCGGGAAGUCGCCAUCCUCCGCCAGCUCCACCACCCCAACAUCAUCCAGCUCCACCAGCUCUUCGCCAGCACAGCCGAGGUGGUGCUCGUCCUGGAGCUGAUCAGCGGUGGGGAGCUCUUUGACUUCAUAGCGGAGAAGGAGAUGCUGUCAGAGGAGGAGGCCAUCGAGUUCCUGGGGCAGAUCCUGCGUGGGGUGGAAUAUCUGCACGCCCGCCUCAUCGCUCACUUCGACCUCAAGCCCGAGAACAUCAUGCUGCAGGACAAGGAUGUCCCCAAACCUUCAAUCAAGAUCAUCGACUUCGGGCUGGCCCAGCAGCUGCAGGAUGGCAUCACCUUCAAGAGCCUCUGUGGGACCCCCCAGUACAUUGCUCCUGAAGUGAUCAAUUACGAGCCGCUGAGCCCCGCAACAGACAUGUGGAGCAUUGGAGUCAUCACCUACAUUCUGCUCAGUGGCCUGUCCCCCUUCCAGGGUGAGACGGAUGCUGAGACCCUCUCCAAUGUUGUGGCUGGUGCCUACGAGUUUGAGGAGCGCUGCUUCAGCCAGACCUCCGAGAUGGCCAAGGACUUCAUCCGCCAGCUGCUGGUGAAGGAGCCAGAGCGCCGCAUGAGCGCAGCCGAGUGCCUGCUGCACCCCUGGAUCAAGCCCCUGAGCGCGACGCAGGCGCUGAGCCGGAGCCGUUCCUCCAUCAACAUGAGAAACUUCCGCAAGUUCAACGCCCGGAGGAAGUGGAAGCUCUCCUACAACACCGUGUCCGCCUGCAACCGCCUGUGCCGCACGCGGCCGCUCGGCAGCGAGGACGAGGAGCUGCCCCCCUGUGCCCCCAGCGCUGCUGUGAGAGCGACCAAGAGGAGGAGAGGAGCCCCCACGCCGCUCUGCUGCGCCGGCGGAGGAACAGCUGCUCCUGAGCUCCUCCCAAAAAAACCAGCACCUCUGUGAGAAGAGCCUUGGGGGUCCCCCCAUCGCCCCAUCCCCGGGGGCAGGGGCAUGUCCAGCUCCUAAUUCUGUGGUGUUGGAGGGUCGCUGGGGCAUCAGCACCCCACUCCUGCCCCCAGGUUUUGCCCAGGCCUGGGACCCUCCUCCCUGCUUUGUCCUAAUGAGAAAAAUAAAUGUCACCUCCUCCUCCCCUA